GUAAAUUGUUGUUUAUCUCCCUUCAUUGUCAACAUGCACGUGUAACUCUUCUCUAAAUUAAAAUUAAAGAACAAACGUUACUGGAGAAGCUGACCCAUGGUGGGACAUGUCAACCCUUUAAGUAAUUUAAGUCCUCAUCUGAAAUCAGUUUAAUUUAUUAUAAUGGACUUACUUCCCCAUCAUACUCGAGACUUCCGAUCCAAUGCCUACUGGGACCGAUUUUUCAAAACUCGUGGUCUGAAACCUUUUGAAUGGUAUGGGGAAUUCACUGACCUCUGCUCAGUAUUGUGCAAGUAUGUGAAAACCACAGAUAAAGUGUUAAUGGUAGGUUGUGGUAACUCACAGCUAAGUGCAGACAUGUUUGAUGCAGGUUUUAAACGGAUAAUAAACAUUGAUACCAGCUCUGUUGUUAUCAAACAAAUGCUCGACAAAAAUCAAACACACCGUCCUGAAAUGAAAUUUCUUAAAAUGGAUGUUACUGAGAUGGAUUUUACUGAUGGAGAGUUCAGUGUUGUCAUUGAUAAAGGGACACUGGAUGCUCUAUUGGUCAAUGAAAGUGAAGAAGUUAUAGAAAAUGUUGAUAAAGCACUUUCUCAGAUCUCUCGUACGAUGCGUCUUGGUGCUCGCUACCUGAUUAUAACUCUGUUGCAAGAACACAUCCUUCGGAAACUAUUGAAGUUCAGUUCAGAGAUGGAAUUCCCAAUCCGAUUCCAUCGUAUUGAAAUUGAAGAACAACCACUACAUAAAAAUACGUUCUGUAUGCCAGUGUUUGCUGUUGUGAUAACGAAAUUCAAGAAAAUUCCUGGCAUGAAACAGAUUUUUGAAAUUGUCCGCCAAGUUGACUCUGUGCAGCGUGUCGACACUGCAGGAGAGGUGAUAGCUGUAAUUAAUGAGAUGCAGAAGUUUGCAAUGAUGAAGCAACACUUGAAUAAAUAUACUUUAGCAGAUGAACAAGUUGUUCUAGAAUUAUAUUCUGAGAAUAUAGAAUCUUCUCGAUACAUCCUCUAUGUUCUCGAUUCUCUGAAAUCUUAUCAGACAAAAUAUGCUGUGUUUAUUGUCCCAUUAAAAAGGGAAACGGAAUGGUUGUUUGCCACGAAUGCUGGACGUCGACAACUGCAGAAAGACGCUAAUGUUCAACGUUUGAUAAUUGUAACACUGCAGAGAGAACAUGAAUAUGGAGAUAUUGAAGCUAUCCAAGAAGAACUCAGCCCUUAUAUGUUACAGCUGACUCCACCGAAGUUUGUGUUUGGCACCAAGAUUCCUUACCUGUCUGUUGAUGAUAGUAUCAGCAAGGAUGUGGAAGUGGUUGAUAAAGGAAGAAGUGAAUGGAAUGGCACUUUCAGAAUUGAAAAUUUCUUAGCAGAAGAUGAAAAGUAUUACAGACGACUGUUUUUCCUUGGUAAACAGAAUCUCAUCCAAUCAGAAUGUCGUCUUAUACAGUCAGAUACAAAAAAGAAGAAAGUUAAGAAGGGAAAAUACCAUUUUGUUAUUGACAAAGAUUAUCUUGCUUCUAAACACCAUAUUAGUACUGUGGCUGGGGUUGUUCUCUUGCCAGACUUCAAUGAAUUGAUUUAUUCUGGAUUUCGGGUAUUGAUGAUUGGACUUGGAGGCGGAGUGUUGGCCAGUUACAUCCAUCACGUUUUUGAAAAGGCUACUAUUGAUGUUGUUGAAAUUGACCCAGAAAUGGUUAAAGUAGCAACUAAAUGGUUUGAUUUCAAAGAAGAUUCCCGUAUGAAGGCUUAUGUGGCAGAUGGGCUGGACUUCAUGAAGCAAAAGGCUGAACAAGAUGAAAUUAUUCCAUAUAAUAUGAUUGUUUUGGACGUGAAUCCCAAUGAGGAUUCACCUACUCAGAUGUGUCCUCCAAGACCAUUCCUUGAAAGUGACAACUUGAAACACAUGAAACAGCUUCUUUCACCAAAAGGUGUCCUAGUCAUAAAUACACUAUUGUUCAAUGAGCUGAUACGUAAAGAAGCUUUAAAUCAAAUCAAGACUGAGUUUCAGAGUAUAUACCAGACCAAUAUUGAAGUUGAAGUCAAUGUAAUUCUCUAUGUCUUUCCUGAAACUACGAAUAUACAGACCACAGACUCCCGUAUUCCUGCUGAAUUAGUCAAGAGACUUCGACUUGUUGAUAAAUGUACCAGUCUAAAUAGUACUGAUUUAACAGAAUCACUCAAACAUUUAUCUAUUUCCUAGUAUUGGCUUUUUUAGGGGAUUAAAUAAAUAAUUUUAUCAAUUCUUAAAAUCA